AUGAAGAUCGAAGUUAUGCCAUAUAAUUUAGGAUUGUCUUCAACGGACGACCGGACGCAGCUAAACCGUUUCAAACGGGUACACCGCACUGAGCAAAAUAGAACCAGGAAGGCAGACAAAUGGCAGAUCACUAAAAGCCAAGUGGGAGUGGAAAGAGAUGGAGUCAAUGGGGGAUCAAGGGAUGGCGGGACUGCUGUCAUGCUCUGCUACGAUCGUUCUGGACCGGUCCACCCUGACAACUCACUCGUUCCCGAAGAAGUUCUGAGCUUAAUGAAAAAGUUACAAUCCGUCUGCAUCUCACAAACUGCCCCCAAAUCCCACUGCAAUACAUUUAAGAAUAGGUGA